AUGACAGAACCGGAGACACUGGCCCUGCUGGAAAUGAAGGCACCUGAGGCUCUAGAGAAGAGCUUACCACGGGCUUUAGCCCCCACUGACCAGCUGCUGGAGGGAGAAGAUGGGACUGAGUCCCCUGGAGCUGAGUCUCUCAGACGGGGGUCUUCAGUUGGUUCCCCUACAGUCAGAGAGGGGCCCGAGGAUGGUCCAGACAGCACUAUCAGUGAAGCUGCGACUUUGCCUUGGGGAACUGACCCCCAGUACAGCGUCCUGCUUCCGGAUCCCCCAGGCUGGCGAGAUAUUGAACCAGAGCCCUUAGAGUUGGAGGAACCGCUCCCUAAGUCGGAGGAACCGCUCCCUAAGUCGGAGGAACCGCUCCCUAAGUCGGAGGAACCGCUCAAAGAUGAUGCCAGUUUGCUCCCUGAGAAGUCAGUUAGGGCCUUCGUGCCCAUUGAUUUACAGUGCAUUGAGCGGAGGCCGCAGGAGGAGUGCAUUGUGCAUCGUAAGGCCGGACAGGCUGAGCGUAGGAAUUUCCUGCCAACCCGACUCAGCCACCAUGAGCUUCCAGAGCGCAAGUGGGCUGAGGCAGUUGUGAGACCUCCUGGCCGGUCUUGUGGGGGCUGUGGGAGCUGUGGAGGCCGCGAGGCGCUGAGGGCUGUAGCCUCGGUGGCUGCUGCUCUCAUCUUCUUCCCCUGCCUGCUGUAUGGAGCUUACGCCUUCCUGCCCUUCGACGCUCCGAGGCUGCCCACCAUGAGUUCCCGCUUGAUCUACACCCUACGCUGUGGGGUCUUUGCCACCUUCCCUAUCGUACUAGGGCUCCUUGUGUACGGCCUGAGCCUGCUGUGCUUCUCCGCCCUCCGGCCCUUUGGAGAGCCGCGGCGGGAAGUAGAGAUCCACCGGCAGUACGUGGCCCAGUCCGUGCAACUCUUCACCCUCUACUUCUUUAACCUGGCCGUCCUUUCCACCUACCUGCCCCAGGACACCCUCAAGCUGCUGCCUCUGCUCACUGGUCUGUUUGCUGUAUCUCGGCUGAUUUACUGGCUGACCUUUGCUGUCGGACGCUCCUUCCGAGGCUUUGGCUACGGGCUGACUUUCCUGCCGCUGUUGGCCAUGCUGAUGUGGAACCUGUACUACAUGUUCAUGGUGGAGCCGGAGCGCAUGCUCACUGCCUCGGAGAGCCGCUUGGACUAUCCGGACCACGUUCGAUCCCUCUCCGACUACAGGCCACGCUCAUGGGGCUGA